UGACGAUGGAGUUGGGGGCGGCGUGUGUGUGUGUGUGCGUGAAGCCAGACCGGAAGAUCACGUGAGAGGGGGGGGAGAAACCGCCGCUCUCUCGAAGUGCGCGUGCGCAGAGCCGCCAACCCGCCCGGAGGAGGAGGAGAGAAAGCCGCCGCCGAAGAUGCCGAAGUACUACUGCGAUUACUGCGACACUUACCUCACGCACGACUCCCCGUCCGUCCGCAAGACGCACUGCGAGGGCCGCAAGCACAAGGAGAACGUGAAGGACUACUACCAGAAGUGGAUGGAGGAGCAGGCCCAGAGCCUGAUCGACAAGACCACGGCGGCCUUCCGCCAGGGCAAGAUCCCGCCCACCGCGCCGUUCCCGGCCCCCUCCGGCCCCCCGCCCGCCGGGGCCGUCAUCCCGCCGCCCCCGGGCAACCUGCCGCCGCCCCGCCCGGCUAUCCUGCCCGGCCCGCCCAUGGGAGGGCCGCCCAUGAUGCCCAUGAUGGGCCCCGCGCCCCCCGGCAUGAUGCUGGUGGGGCACGGCAUGCGGCCGCCCGUCGGUGGCCCGAUGCCGAUGAUGCCCGGCCCCAUGAUGGGGCCCCACAGGCAGAUGGUGGUGCCGACCAGACCCGGCCUGGGGCGGCCUGUCAGAUAGGAGGAGGAGGAGGGGGUCAACUCCACGCCAUCUCAACAGCAAAGGAAACUUUUAAACUGCUCUACAAAACAGCGCGUAUCGUUUUACACAUCGUUACAUUCCCCUUCUUCCCCCCUCACCCCCACCACCCCACC